CUCUUGAUCAAGAUCAAACCAAGACUCAAGGACGGAACCACCAAAGAUGAAACCGUAACAAGAAAUUUACAUAAGAUAUCUUCACUCGCACAGGCAUUCACAGAACAGCGCCUGAAGUCGAGCAAAAAAAGCCAGUUAUCGGAUUUCCUCGAUCAGGAAGGUGUCAACUUGUGGAAUGCCUCCGGCGUGGUCCGUCAAGGCUCUGCGUCUGACAGCCGCGCCGUGGUCGCCGCUUUGCGGCUAGCUGGAUUUCGCCUCAUGGAGGCAGGGUUGGAACCUAAGCCUGACAUUGAAGCAUUAUUACAUAUUCUCCAAAUUGCAAGCAAGACUGGCGCAACCCUGUCCGAAAUUGGUCAUAAUGACACCGCAUCGAGCGUACUUGGUUGUGCGGCCAAGUAUGAAGAAGCGCUGAGAAAUAUUGACGACCAGAGUGGCACUAAUAAGCAAGCUAAGGCAUGUGUUACCGCUGUCUACCUCUCAACCCGGAUGGAAGCAGCUUGGAGGGAAGGAAAUGAAGGGUUAGCGGCCUUCAUGGCUGACAAAAUCACAGUCCCAUUUGGUCGACGCACUUCUCAUGAUGAACAUUUUCAGCGAGAGACGCUCGCGACUAAGCUUCUUGACAUUGGCAAAUCACUUUUGAGAAGUUGCUAUCAGGACAGCAAAUCGGCACCAGAAGAUAGCAAGGCGAGCGACGCUAUUCGAUGGAUGCAAAAGGCAUUUUCUGUCAUCGAGCCUCUUGACUGCGCAACAAAUACUGAGCUUGCUGAGCUUAAGAGAUCGGUUCUCAGGAGUUUGGCCCGUGGCUACUUCUUGUCGUCGUCCCAGGAUCCAGAGAAUUUGAUCAGAGCGGAAACCGCGCUAGAAGAAGUUAUUGCAACUAUCGAUACUUCUGUAGACAACGUAAGCUCCGAAUAUCAACAACUCCGAUGGAUGAAGUUGGCUGUCAUCAAGCGGCGAAAAGCUGGAGAUACUGUUCUUCUUCAAGCCCUACAAGCCAUUAUUGACAACAUGACAUAUUCAGAAAGCAAUCUUACGGAUGUCCUACAGGAGCUUCGGACGCUUUCUCAGUACCACCAAUUAGUCACGAGGGCAACUCAGUACUGCCUUCAUCGGGCCUUACAGUGCUCUUGGAGUACAGACGCUGUGGAGAGGCUUCUAAUAGCUCUCAUAUUCCAUUGUUCCAAAGAUGACAAACACGACAGGGCCAUAGAAGAUCUGCACGCGUCUUUCAAAGAACUGAGUAACGUGGAAUUCGAGCUUCUCAAAGCUCCGGCGACAGCUUGCAUCACGCUUCUAUGGCAAUACGGUGACCGCCACUAUCACGCGGGGCGGUGGAAAGAAGCUGGGGAUUGGUUCAGUUGCGGCACUCAUGCUAUAUUUGCAAGCUUGGGUCCCGUCAGCAGCUCGAAAUGUUUUCGGAAAGCUGCCCUAGCCCAUCUUAAGCGGAAGGAUUAUGCUCACGCGGGGUCCAUCAUCCGACGCUGUCCUGACACAGAAGCCACGACUCAAUAUGUAACCUUUCUCAUUGCUGUGCAUCAAGGGCUGGAAGAUGAAGCGAUAAAUUCGAUACGCAAUAUGGUGCAUGCCGCGAACUUCGAUCGCAAGAUGAUUCUAUUGGCAUGCCGGCUGGCGCAUGACUUGGACAUGAAAGGCCUUCUUCUUACCGUUUUAAGGGCUCUCCUUGAAACUUUAAACUUCCGAGAGAGCGUGGAGAACAUUACUGAAGCCAUGGCGUUGAUAAGAUGUAUUAUAAGGCUUAUCACCAAACUCCUUGGAGAACCCGCUGCCGAUUUCAUUGCUCCACCACUUGAAGAUUGGUUGGUCGAAAUCUUCGAACCACUCGGCCAUUCUAACGCAGUCCAUGUGGUAGCGGUUACUGUUGUAGAAUCUUGUGAACAGCCUGCGAUGAUUGUCCGAGACAUAUCUUGGCUUUGGAGAACUGCAUACAACUGUGCUAUCCAAGCUUGCUCGGAUUGGGAAGACAGAGAAGAUCAAAUAUCUGACAUCUUUGACGCAGCGAGACGACUGCUCGAGCUUUAUACAAUACAUGCACCUGUAGAGGUGGACCAAGCCAUUUACGUUUACUUGGUGAAUGCUUCAUUCGCAUCUGCCUCAGGCCGUGGUACCUUCCUUUUCGCACAGUUAUGUCCUUCAGACAAACACCGCGAACUGUUCAAUGAGAUCAAUCAAUCAUCACAGCGCAUCGUCAAGGUUUUGCGGGAGGACAAAGUAUCACAAGAGGAUCUUCCUCGACUUGAGUCAUCCCUGCAGGUUUUAAGAGUUUUCAUCGUCGAGGUGGCAUCUCACCUGUCGGAUUGGACCACGGUCCUAGCUACCAUCGAGGAAGCAUCUCGCUGCAACUGCGAUUCAUUGGAAACGUACGAGGCGUUCGCUGACACUCUGUGGGAGGACAAAAACUGCCCCGUAAACGUCCUUUUUACAGCGCUAGAGGCCACCCUUCAGGCCUGUUUAACCCGCGGGCACUUUUCUCUGGAGAAAUUCUCUCGGUGGCUCCGAGCGAUGUGUAUCAUACUACUGACAAGAGCGACAGGAUCCGAUAGAUCUAGGGCCAUCGGUUACGUGGACCAAGCUAUCGCUGUACUGGAGGAGCAUGGCGACGCUAGGGACGGUAGUGCUAUGCUCUAUCCUUUUGACGAGCGUCAGUGGCUUCUGAGCACAGCGUACAACACUGGCCUCGAGUGUCUCCAUGCAUCUAUGGUCGACGAAGCAAAGCGUUGGUUUGAAUGUUCCACCGUGAUCUGUCGCUUCGUUCCCGAUGGUAGGCAACGUGCAGAAAAGGUAGGCAAAAAUGCAACGGAAAAUCUGGCU